AUGGUCUGGCUCAACCAAGCCGCCCUCUUCCUGGGCAGCGCGCUGCUGGUGGCAGACGUGCUCCCCGUCGGAGCCGUCCGCACCAUCAUCCCCAAGACGAGCUUCGACUCCCAGUCUAACUUCGACGCCGACUGGAACUACCUCUACCCCUGGGGCACCGACCACAACGGCGGCGCUCGCAUGACAAAGGACAACGUCAAAUUCAGCGGCGGCACGUUGACCAUCACAGCUAACAAGGAGCACUUCAACGUCUCGCGCGGGGGCGGAUACGACUUCAGCGCCGAGAUCAAGGCGACAACGACAAAGGGCACGUGGCCCGCCUUCUGGCUGACGGCCGUCCAGGGGUGGCCGCCAGAAAUCGACAUGGCGGAGUGGAAGGGCAGCGGCAAGGUCAGCUUCAACACGUUCAACACGAGCUCCAUCGUCGCUGCGAAGGACGUGACGUACCCCAGCCCGGGUAACUUCCACUCGUUCAAGUGCGAGACGCGGGACUUGAACGGCAAGGACGUGCAGGCCAAGUUCUACAUGGAUGGCAACCUCAUCACGACGCAAGUCGGUGCCGGGUAUUUUGGGAAGCCUAUGUACUUGAUCAUCAACUUGCAGAUGGAGGGUUCCUCCGGUUCGCCCGGCCCAACGAGCAACACGGAAUAUCAAGUCCGAAACCUCGAGGUACUGAGUUACAAUCCUUGA